AUGGAGUUGCUGCCAGAAGCAUGCAUUGCAUCUAUUCUGUCUCGUACCACUCCAAAGGAUGCUUGUAGGCUCUCCUUGGUUUCCAAGACAUUUUGUUCUGCUGCUGAUUCCGACACUGUUUGGGAUCGUUUUCUCCCUUCGGAUUCUCAUUCCAUUGUUUCCGAAUUUCCUUCCCUUGCCAACGCUCCUUCAAAGAAAGCUCUCUACCUCGCUCUCUCUGAUGACCCUGUCAUCAUCGACGAGGGUAAAAAGAGCUUUCAAUUGGACAGAAAGAAUGGGAAGAAGCGUUACAUGCUUGGAGCCAGAGAUCUUUCCAUUAGUUUGGCUAACGAUGAGCGUCACUGGUGCUGGAAAAAGCUCCCAGAGUCAAGGUUUCCUGAAGUUGCUGAGCUUCUUCUUACGUGGUGGCUUUUAAUUAUUGGAAGGAUAAAAAAAAAUUCCUUGACCCCAAAUACUCAGUAUGGAGCUUUUCUUGUGUUCAAGAUGGUCCGUGGCUUUAAAUUUUAUGAUUAUCCUGUGGUGUUAUCAGUCGGCAUCGUAGGUGGUCAUAGCAUCAACAAAAGGGUCAAUUUGUGUCUUGAAUCAUUGGAAGAUGAGGCGCACGACCAAGUAGAGAGAUUACCAGGUCCAAGUGUGAGAAGAGAUGAGUGGUUGGAGAUUGAGAUCGGGGAGUUCUCCAAUUCAGGCCUAGAAGAUGAAGUCAUCGAGAUGCGUGUUAUGGAAAUUAAUGGUUUUAUUAAGAGCAGUCUCAUUAUUGAAGGAAUAAAAGUUCGACCUAAGGAAGACAAUUAA